ACAAAAGGCCGACAAAAACAAAAUACGCGACAACGAGCCAAAACCCUCAACAAGAAACAAAGGGAAAAUUGCAAUUUCAGUGAGUGCACACGGCUUCAGUCAGUGUGUGUGAGUGAGUGAGUGUGUGCGUGUGUGUAUAUCAGUGUGUGUAUUGAGUGUCAAAGGUCAGAACCCGAACUCAUAUGAAAAUGUCGCAGUCUAACCAAGAAGCAAUGCCAACAAAAGCCGCUGUCACCGCCGUUGCCCUCAACGAUGAUGAGUCCGUCUCAUCAGCAACAUCAUCAGCAACAUCCGCUUGCCGCACAUCGACAACUUCCACUACUUCAACAGCAUCUACCAUGCAUCUAUUCAAAUCGAGCCGAGCAACUGUUGCAGUUGCCGCCCUCUUGAUGGCCAUCAUCUUGUGCAGCGGCAACUUUGGAUUCGCCGACGGUCUCAAGUGUCAUAUGUGUGGACAGUAUAAUGAGGGUGUCGGUUCCAUUACGCCCUGCACCAACUAUACCAAAGAUAUUGCCCAUCUCUAUCUGAAGGAAUGCACCAAGAAGAGCGAGAAAUAUUGUGUGAAAUAUGUGAGCGAGCUGUCAACUGUGCGCGAUUGUGCCACCGAAUGUGUGGAGAAAGAAAUUUGGGAAACCCAAACCUAUUGCUGCACAGAGGAUGGAUGCAAUUCAGCCCCUCAAUUUGCCUAUUCCAUUCUCUUAUUGAUGUUACCCCUGAUGUCGAUUAUUUGGCCAACUUUAGUUAAUCGUUUCAAUGGAAGACGUUAAAUUUCAAUUAUUUUCUGCUUCAAUUACAAUUUCUGAUUUGCUUUGUUCUCAUUGAAAACGAUGUCUUUUUAUCAGUGUAUUAUAAAAAUAAAAAAUGAAAAACAAAACGAUUCCAAUAUUUAGCAUUUAUAAGUUUUAAAAAAGAAAAAUUAAAUGAAUUCUGUGAACGGGACCUAAUCAAAUAAAAUUUCUGACAUUGUUCGAAUACAUAAACGAUAUAUAUAAUUUACUCGCAUACACACAAAAUUCAAGCAAAAAAUUUUCUUAUUUGAUAUCUAUAUGUUUGAAGCUUGUAAUUCUCACUGUCUUCCCACAAGAAACCUAAAAAAAAUAAAAUCGAAAC